GGUGGUUGUGGGAGGUGGAGAAGCACAUAGGUGGAGGGACGGAUGGAAGAAGGAAGAUGUAUGUGGAGUUGAUGUAGGGAGAUUGAGUGGAGGAGGAGGAGGAGGAGAUAGAAGGAAAAGGUUAGCGAAGAGGAAGAGAUUAUGUAACCAUUUUCAUCUUAGGAAUCACUAUAUAGCAACAGUAAUUUAUAAAAAAUGUCUAUAUAAACAACAGGAAAAGGAAUUAUUAUUAUUGUUAUUAUUAUUUCUAUUACUAUUAUCAUUAUCGUUUUUUAUAAGUAGUAGGUAGUAGUGGUAGUAGAAGCAGUAGUAGUAGUAGUAGUAGUAGUAUCAUUAUUAUUAUUAUUAUUAUUAUUAUUAUUAUUAUUAUUAUUAUGAAACUCGUUAUGAUAAAGCUUACCCGGGAUACAAUAAUUCUAUACAUAGCCUAAUAUGGUAACAACAUGUAUUUAGGUGAUUUAUUUGACGUCUGUUACGAGUAUAUUGGUGCAGAAAAUCAAUGUAUUACUAAAUGAGUGCAUAAAAAAUAACAUCAAGGACACUAGGUAGAAUAGAGCUUAGCCAGGACGCAAUAUUGAACGUAUCUUAUAUUAUGGUUCCGUGUGGCUAGCUUGGGUACAUGACGCGACGCUUGGCCUACUGUAAUGGGUACGUCUGGUGUGGGCAGUAUGAGGUGGUGUGUUAUGUAUAUUAUAGUUAGGUGAUGAGGAUGUGUUGUUAAGGUAGCGAUUGCCAUGACGAGAGGUGAUGAAUGGCAACUGAGAUAUUGAGAUUCAGAAAUAGAAAUAGCGACUCGUACAAUGUUACCAUAUUAUCGUACUCAGCACAUUAUACUUCCCGGCUUCGUACCCAUAAGUAUUGCAAACAGACAACAAUAAUUAACCAUUUUAACAGUAACUUGAGUUAGAUAACGUUAUUUGUGUGGGUACGGAAGUUUUGGGUCCUGAAACUGAUUAAUGUGAUGUUUUAAGUACGACAAUUUGGGAACGCUGGCGGCGAGCGGGCGAGGUGAAGGCUACCAACCUCACCGACGGCUCACAUAAACACUAACCUAUCAAACACUACCUUCCAGCAUUCCAUGACACGCUAUAUAUAUUCCACACUCUCAAAUAACCCUUUUUUCAAUUAUACGAAACAAAACUAUAGUAGAAUCAAUAUCUAGACCGUGCUUAUUGCUGUUGCUAGUUGUAUUUAUUUUUCGCAUAACUGGUAAUCAUGGCAGUGACAGAGACACGUGGACGGCGGGGUCUGUAGUGGUGUUGUGCUUCGUGUCUUGCUUAUUAUCAUCGUCAUAACCACAUCGAGAGGUUCUGUGGACGUGCUUCUCCGUCAGGCAGACUGGAGUUGGCUACGCGUGCUGCCUCGAGCUGGUGGUGCAGAGGCCCGGAAGCAACAGCCGGUACAAGCAAAACUACUCUCCUGCCCAAGGUAGUGUGUCCUUGCCCCCGGCGGAGUGGGGUUCCUCGCCCGCCAAGAUGCCUACGACCUUGCUGGACCUGCUUUGGCGGGACGCGAUGGGCAGCGUCCCCGCCAAGAAGCGGCAGAAAGGAAAGCCGUGCAAGAAGAGCCUGACUGCCUCUCGUGGCGGGGAGGCAGCGGUUGAGAACUUGAGGAAGAAAACGAAAGCUGAAUCUGAUGAGGAAGCAAUGAAGGAAAACCUGCAAGUCACCCUUAAUGAGGAGGAAAAGGCUUUAGCUACUUCCAGGGAGGGCGCGGCGCGGAAGGCCCCUCCGCCCCGCUGGAGGAAGCGAAACUUCGCCACGCGCAUCAAAAGGAAUUGGUUCCGAAGAGCAAAGAAGCUGAAGUCGACGUUUGAAGUGCUGCCCAAAUUCAUAGAUCAUCAUUAUCAUCAGAAGCAGCAGCAGCAAGAGGAGGAGAAACAGCAAGCAGUGCCAGGAGAGACUGUGGUGCCCGCCGAGGAGGUGCGGCAGCUGGUGAGUCGCCUGGUGCUGCGGGAGCACGGCCUGGUGGACGCCGUGCUGGACAGUUACAACACCUUCCUGAACGAGCUGACGCGGGCGGAGACGCUCUUCACGCACGAGCACAAGAACAAACACGGCAGCCACGAGGUGCGGCUGGCGGACGUGGCUCCCGGCGCGGUGCGGCACACCCCUCUGCAGUGCCGUUUGGAAAAGCGCUGCUACGUGCUACCGCUCACCGUGCAGGCGUCCUACCGCUGGCUGAACGCCCAGGGCGCCCCUGUGCGGGCCUUCGCCCACCGCGUGGUGCUGGGCGAAAUGCCCCUCAUGGUGGGCUCCCGGCUGUGCCCCACGGCCGCCAUGACGGCCGAGGAAAGGGUUGCCGCCGGCCAGCAGCCCGACGAGCCCGGCGGCUAUUUCAUCGUGGACGGCGUCGAGAAGUUCAUCCCGUUCCAGAGUGUGCUGAUUAAGAACAGCCCGAUGGUGGUGCGCUGCUCGGGCCUAGAGGGGCAGAGGUUCAGCCACAAGUGUUACGUGCUGAGCAGCGUCAGCGGGAUAGACACGCACUGCACGGCCGUGCUGGCGACCAGAAAAGACACGCUGCAGGCCAGGCUACGGCUGGGCCGUAGCGGCACCGUGGUGCUGCCCCUCAGCACGGUGCUGGCCGCCACGGGGAUCCACGAACACCACAAGACCUUGGAGGAGACGGAGUCCGUGCAGUUCCUGCGGCAGACACUUGCCACCAUGCUGCCGCCCGGGGUUCAGCACCAGCAGCAGCGGAACAAGGGACGCCAGGAGCCCCUGACGCGCCACAUCUUCAGGGGCCACGACGGAGUCACGUCCUCGGUGGCCGCAGCCAUUCUGGACUACCUCGGGGAUGCCAAGCAGCUGCUUGGUGUGACGCAGCAGGACCUUCAAGGGAUUCACGACAAGUGUGAGAGGAGCGCCACGCGCCACGCGGUGCUGCUCAGGAUCGCCGCCAAGUACGGCCAGACGAAGGAGAAGGAGGAGCAGCAGGUCAGGCGACGGUUGGCGGCCCUGAAGCAGGUGAUGCUGCAGGGAUGUGAGGAUGUGCCGCACUUGGCCCGGAUGGCGCGGGCCGCCGUGACUCUGCCCGCCAGGCACGAGGCUCAGAAGGCCGUGAAGCAGGCAGCCAAGGGCCCCUGGAGGAGGGAGCGCCUCGACGAUGUGCUGCAGCGGGCGUUGGUGCCCCACGUGGGGGGCGGCCUGUUCCAGCGAGCCUUUUACCUGGCCUACUUGACCAACCAGCUGCUGCUGAAUCUGUGCGGCAGGCGCGCGGACGACGAUCCGCUGCACUUGGGCAAUAGGUUGCUGCUGACGCCCGGUGCGCUCAACAGACGCUUGUUCGAUUCUGUAUUGCAGCCAUUGCUGCAGCGAGCCAGGGACACCUUCCAGCGUAAGUGCGAAGCGCGCGGCGCCAUCUUCCCCGAGGAGCUGAGCCACGUGGAACUGUUCCAGGACGACUCGUGUUCGGCCGCCGCCGGCCUCGGCCAACGCCACAAGAUUAUCUCGGAAAAGUACGACCUCCUCAACAUCUUCCACUUCCAGCACAACGUGGUGGGCGAGGCCAUGUGCCGGGCGUUCCGCACGGGCAAGUGGGGCGCCAUGACGAGCGUGACACAAAAUUUGCAGCGGCUAAACUACAUGCAGUACUUGUCCCAGAUGCGCACCGUCAACGGCGACGCCAAAGUGCUGAACGGCAAGGACUCACGGCCCCACGAGCUGCACACCAGCACUGUCGGCUUCCUGUGUCCGAUAGAGACACCCGAGAGCGAGCACGUGGGCCUCACGGAGCACUUGGCCAUCGGGGCUUCGGUGUGCAACAAGGUAGACGCCACACAUCUGCACAAGGUCCUGCAGACGCUGCCGGUGACUCUGUUUGCAGCCGGCCGUCAGUGGCCGGCGCCGGACCGGAUGGGCAAGGUGUUCCUGGACGGCCGCUGGGUGGGCAACGCCAAAGUUCCGCUGAGGCAGGUGCGGGAGCUGCUGCUGCAGCACCGCCGCCGCCACGGCCUGCACCUCGGCGUGCACCUCAGGCACCAUGACCUGCACCUCGACGCCUCGGGGGGCAGAGCGGUGCGGCCCCUCCUGGUGGUGCUUGGCGGCGCCCUCACCGCCACCCCCGACGACCUGGCAGGCCUUCGUGGCGACCGCUGCUCUUUGGACGACCUGUGGCGGAGGGGCGUCGUGGAUUUCCUGGACCCGAAGGAGAACAGCGAGGCGUUCAUCGCCGAGAAGCCGGGCAGCCUCGGUCUGGCGGGCGUGGACUAUUGCCAACUGCUGGCCGUGUUGAGCCACGGCGUGGUGAGUGCCGCCACGCCCGCCGCCACCAACAACCCUGGCGUGCGGCGCCUCGGGUCGUGCAAGAUGCAGAAGCAGGCGAUGGGGCCGUCUGUGCUGUCUGAGGCCCUGGCGCACAGGGGCACGUACUCGGUGCUCAAGACGCCCGAGAUGCCCCUCGCCCUGCCCGCCUUCAUUUUGGAGCAGCCCAACGCACGCCUCAUGUACGCCGGCCAGUCAGCCCUCACCGCCGUGCUGGCCGUGCGCGGUCUCAACCAGGAGGACGGCCUCGUGUUUAGUCGCGGCGCCGUUGACAGGGGUCUGUUCACCAGCUGCCACUCCCACACAUACUGCAUAUGCGAGCCACACCUCGGGGCCGUGGUGGUGAGCCGCGCCGAGGUGGGGCGGCGCAUUGCCGGCGGUGCGGUGCUCAUCACAUGCAAGAACAAACGCGACCACGUCCUGGUGCAGAAUACCCACGGCCCCGGCACGGUGGUGAGCAGCGUCAUGCGUCGCCUGCCAGACGGCCGCGUGCUGCACGAGGUGGUGACCCUGGAGGAGCGGCGGCCCGAGGUGGGGGACAAGUUUGGGACGCUCAACGGCCAGAAGGGCGUCAUCUGCGGCAUCCUACCUGACCACCAGCUGCCCCGGCUGGAGGACGGACGCACGCCGGAUGUCUUCAUCAGUCCACACAGCUUCCUUGAUCGCCAGACCGUCGGUUUCUUCGUGGAGGGCAUCCUGAACACCCUCGCCCUGCACCGAGGCACCCAGCUGGACGCCACCAGCAUAGACGCCGGCUGGGACCUGCCGCGAGCCCAGGAGGCCCUGCGUAAGGCGGGUCUCUCCUCCUCAGUGUCGGUGCGCAGUGCCGGCGGCAAGCCGCUGGGCCGCGUGUUCUGCGCGCCGAUCUUCUUCAUGCGGCUGAAGCACCGGGCCGUGCUGAAGUGCCACGCGCGGCACGACGGCCCGCUGGACCCGCUCUUCAGGCAGCCGCAGGAGGGCCUGGCGCAGGGCGGCGGCCUGAGGCUGGGCGAGAUGGAGGUGUCUGCCCUGGUGAGCCACGGUGCCGCAGACUUGGUGCAGAUGUUCCUGCACGACCAGAGUGACGGCAUGCAGCUGCCCUACUGCAACGCCUGCCACAGGUGGGCCAGCACGAUGGCUGAGUAUGCCAGCUGCCGCAGGUGUCUCAGAACUGACAGCCUCGUACUGAGGAAGACUAACUAUCCCUUCAGGUAUUUCGAGGAAAGCCUGGCGCUGCAGAACCUUAAGUUAGUGCAGCUCGGCCGUGGGCAGUACCCCGGCAGCCUCGGCGUGCAGUACGAAGCCUCGGACCUAUCCUCGCAGUCGUCUGGCGAGGAGGGCGAGUGGCAGCCCGGGGACGAGGAGCCGCUGCAGGAGGCGAUGGAGACGGUCAUCAAGAACAGCUGGCGAGACGACCUUCUACUGGAUGUGGGCGGCGCCGGCCCAGUGUCCGCCUCUCCGGCCGUGAGGGAAGCAUCUUCAAAAGGCGCCUGGAGCCCGACGCAGGAGUCCACGCAGGAGGAGGAGGACGCUGCCUCCAGUGAAGGAACGAGUGAGUGACGGCGUGUCCCUCGUGAAGGAGGAGGAGUCACGGCGCCUUACCAUUACCUGAUGGCGUUAUAACAGUAUUCAUACACGGACUUUGUUUCUUCUUUUAAUAGCUACAUUGACUUUGUUGAAGAUCGAAGUAUAGUAAACGGAUUGCACGAUACAUUUGCUUUAUUAUGUCAUUGAGUUUAUUGUGUUGAUGAGAUAUUAUCAAAGGAAGAAACUCACUUUGAUGCGUUUGAAAUUACCUCAGAGA